AUGGAGCUCACGAGCAGCACGAUAUUGAAGCCGGUGCCGCACCCGCUCGUUGGCGAGAUGGUCCCGCUGACCAUCUUCGACCGCGCUGCCUCAGACCUGUUCGUCCCCACCGUGCUAGCCUACCUCGCGCCGGCGCCGUCCAACGAGGCUCUCAAGGAAGGCCUUCUCAAGGCCGUCGCGCCGUAUCCCCACCUGGCGGGGCGCCUCGCCGUCGAUCAGCUCGGCCGGCGCUUCCUCCACGUGAAUAACGAAGGCGUGCUCCUAAUUGAGACCACGGUACCGGCUAACCUGGCGGACGUGCUCGUACAAGGCCGCAUAGCCACCGGAGUCGACCACCUCUACCCUACAGUACCAGAGCCAGAGGUACGUAUUCAUCAAUCGAUGGAGAUUUUGCUUCUUUCACGACUCAAUUCACAUGCAUGCUUAUGCCUUAUUACGUACAUACAGGAGAACAUUGGGGCGGCGCUGCUGCAGAUCCAGCUGAACAGGUACGGGUGCGGAGGUCUUGUGGUCGGGAUGUGCUCCCACCACCGUGUCGCCGACGGCCACUCCAUGAGCAUGUUCUUCACCGCGUGGGCAACAGCGGUCCGCGAGGGGAAGGACUUUACCAUGCCGACCCCAUUCCUCGACCGUGAGAAAACCGUGGUGCCCCGAAGCACGCCAACGCCGGUUUUCGACCAUCGGUCGCUGGAGUUCAUGUGUGGAGAUAGAAACGCCGCCUACAUCGUCGUCCCCAUGCACAGGAUCAAGAACCUCAAGGUGCACUUUACGGCCGAGUUUGUGGUCGACCUCAAAGGCCGUGUCGGCGCCCGCUGCAGCACGUUCCAGUGCCUGCUCGCGCACGUCUGGAAGAAGAUGACGAGGCUCGGGAUCUGA